UGGAGGCGAGCGCCACGCAGACGGCUAGUGGCGCGCGGAGGAGCGGUUCGCGUGUCUUCCUAGAGUUGAGUCCUGGGUUUUGGCCGCUCCUUGCGCCCCAGCGGUCACGGCGCCCUCUCGGUCCCCUUCUUGUCCGCCAGCCCCGGCCCACGGUAGCUGGGCCCCGCGCACUUGCCCGCGUUCAGGGGGCCAACUUGCCCGAGCACUUUGUCUGCGAGCGGCGCCGAGGGGGACGGGGCACUGCGCAUGCGGAGCUCCAAAUUCAAACAGCUGUUUCCAGAGGCUGAAAGAGUGGGCGGACCCGGGGCCGCAGGGGCUGGGGGAGGCUCUCUUCAGGCAGCGGCCGCUCGGGAGUCAUGGUGGACCGGGGCCCUCUGCUCACCUCGGCCAUUAUCUUCUACCUGUCCAUCGGGGCGGCGAUCUUCGAGGUGCUCGAGGAGCCGCGCUGGAAGGAGGCCAAGAAAAACUACUACACACAGAAGGUGCAGCUGCUCAAGGAGUUCCCCUGCCUGGGCCAGGAGGGCCUGGACAAGAUCCUGCAGGUAGUAUCUGAUGCUGCAGGACAGGGAGUGGCCAUCACAGGGAACCAGACCUUCAACAAUUGGAACUGGCCCAAUGCAGUCAUUUUUGCAGCCACGGUUAUCACCACCAUCGGCUAUGGCAACGUGGCUCCCAAGACCCCUGCUGGGCGCCUCUUCUGCAUCUUCUACGGUCUCUUCGGGGUGCCACUCUGUCUGACAUGGAUCAGUGCCCUGGGCAAGUUCUUUGGGGGACGUGCCAAGAGGCUGGGCCAGUUCCUCACCAAGAGAGGUGUGAGCCUGCGGAAGGCGCAGAUCACAUGCACGGCCAUCUUCAUCUUGUGGGGCGUCCUGGUCCACCUGGUGAUUCCGCCCUUCGUGUUCAUGGUGACAGAGGAGUGGGACUACAUCGAGGGCCUCUACUACUCCUUCAUCACCAUCUCUACCAUUGGCUUCGGCGACUUUGUGGCUGGUGUGAAUCCCAACGCCAACUACCAUGCCCUCUACCGCUACUUUGUGGAGCUCUGGAUCUAUCUGGGGCUGGCCUGGCUGUCCCUCUUUGUCAACUGGAAGGUCAGCAUGUUUGUGGAAGUCCACAAAGCCAUUAAGAAGCGACGGCGGCGGCGGAAGGAGUCCUUCGAGAGCUCCCCACACUCCAAAAAGGCCCUGCAGGUGGCAGGAAAUGCAACCUCCAAGGACGUCAACAUCUUCAGCUUUCUUUCAAAAAAGGAGGAGACCUACAAUGACCUCAUCAAGCAGAUUGGGAAGAAGGCAAUGAAGACGAGUGGGAGUGGGGAGAGGGUCCCAGAACCGGGGCUGGGGUCUCCAGGGGGUAGGCUGCCAGCCCUCCCCACUUCGUUGGCCCCCCUGGUGGUCUACUCCAAGAACCGGGUGCCCAGCUUAGAAGAGGUGUCACAGACACUAAGGAGCAAAGGCCACAUGUCGAGGCCCCCCGGUGAGGAAGGGUCCCCCAUGGAUGGCUCCCCUACCCCUGAGGUGUGCAUUAACCAGCUGGACCGUAUCAGCGAAGAGGGCGAGCCAUGGGAUGCCCAGGACUACCACCCACUCAUCUUCCAGAAUGCCAACAUCAGCUUUGUGAGCGAGGAGGCUGGCCUCUCAGAUGAGGAGACCUCCAAGUCCUCGCUGGAAGACAACCUGGUUGGGGAGGUGCAGCCCCAAGAGGUGGCGGAGGCUGAGGUGCCCCUGAACCUGGGUGAAUUCCCCUCCUCAGACGAGUCUACCUUCACCAGCACCGAGUCUGAGCUCUCUGUGCCUUAUGAACAGCUCAUGAACGAGUACAAUAAGGCUAACAGCCCCAAAGGCACAUGAGGCAGGCCCGGCUCCCCAUCCCACAGCUGAUGGCUUCUUUUCCCCCUCACCCUGGGGUGUCCUGUGAUGGCUGGGACCCCUGGCCUUUGGUGGGGAGCAGCCCUGGAACUGGGAGUGGGGGGCCAGGGGCCUUCUUUACCUUCCAUCCCCUCCAGCUAUAUGCCACCGAUCAAACAUGGCACACACCCAGGACAAAGCCUCUGCUUUCCAGCUGAAUGGGUACUAGCAGUGGGAGGCAUCUGUCCUGGACAUGGCUGGGUCCUCUGAUGGUUCUAAGAUGUUGGUGGGCUGGCAGGGACAGUGGGCAAGACUGACCUGCGUAGGCCGGCGCACAGCUGCGUGGGUCAUUCGGUUGAUAAUGUCACACGGUUUUCCUAGGCUGGAGACCUCAGCCAUUUAAGUUCACCAGUGUUAAAUGAGCUCCUUCUGUGUGUCUAGCACUGAACGAGGCAUCUUGGAGAGGGGAAGGGAAGUGUAAAGCCUGGGUCCUACCUUUUCAGACUCUGAAGUGUUUGGGGAGGUGCAGUAUGGUGUGGGGGAUGGGGCAUUUUGGGAUCACGGGAGUGGCAGGGCUCAGGGCUGGGCAUGUACUUAACCAUCACCGUGUCAUCUGCCUUUCCAGUACCCUAUGGCAGAUCUCAGUUUGGAAGAGGCUGCCUGGGGACAGGAGUGAGUGGACAGGUGCCCGAAACACUCCUGAUACAGAGGACCUGAGGCAAGCCAGAGUACGGGCCCAUUGUCCUAGGCCCACAUUGUUGAAUUACUCAGACCAAGCCCAGCCCAGGGCCCAUCGUCUUGCCUCAGACACCUUUGGGGUAAGCAAUAGCAGGUGCAAGGCUCUCUGCCCUCCCCAGGAAGUGGUGGGAAGAAGAGUGGUGGAGCAUGGGCCACAGGAGGCUGGGCCUUCUGGAGCUAGAAGCCAGGUUGCUGGGAGAGUGAAGCUGGACUCUGGCUAAUUCCACCCCUGGCCCUCUAGCUCCCUGUCAGAGUGCACACCCACCACCUGGCCCCAGGCCCCGGCCAUCCCCACCCAGUACUUCAGCCAGUCUCCUCAUUCCCCCUUGCCCAGAGCAAGGACCUCACCACCCACCCUCCCACCAGCCUCCCGAGGGGAAGACCAAAUUGCUGUUCUCACAAGUGGUGUGGGCAGCCAAAUCUGUGAAGCAAGCCCCUCCCUCACUACUGUUUGUCAUUUUUGUAUUUGGGAUGGGGGAGCAAGAGAUAAUGUGAAGCUGUAAAUGGACUGUUUGUGGUGAGGGCGCUGGAAGGACUCGCUGCUGCCUGAGUUCUGGGGUUCUCCAGCCCACCAUGCCCUGUUUUGUUAAUUUUUUAAAUAAACUGCUGUUUUUACGUACCUGGAAUCUUGUUGGCUUCUGAGCCAGUGGGGAAAAGAGGAGGUUAAAGAGCAAGGUCCAGUGUCCACCCACUGGGCCUUUCUCAGUGCCCUCAGCCAAGGUCAUGACCCUUAGCCAUGUAGAGUGGGGAAGGGCACUGAUCAGCAGGUGAGGGUCGGGGGCGGGUGGUGAGGAGGCAUCAGUUGCAGGCAACUGGAUGCCAGGCAGAGGUGGGUGGUCACUUUCAACACCCUCCCCCACAACUGUGGGGCAAGUGGGCCAGAGCUUCCCCUCAACAUGUGAAGAAGGUGACAGGCAUGUGUGUUCCCAGGCCCAGUCACCUUCUAGUGGAUGUGAGUUGGCCAGGCAGGGGGCAUACUGCAUUUUUCUGUGAGCUCUGUUAACUAAAUCGUCACAGUCCCCCACCCCACCUGACUGGGGUGGCACUGGCUGGCCUGGAACCAUACACACUGUAUGUACAUACUGGCAAUGAUGUCGAAUGUAAUUUAUUUUAACAUUUUUACAAUAAAACACGAGGUGGACAGGC